AAUGUGGACGGGCUUAGAAGGAAGAACAAGUUUCAUAAGUCCUUCCUUGCUCGGCUAACCUUCUUGUAGGUUACUUCCUCCCUGCCAGGGACACCAACAAAAUGCAGAGCUGUACCCAGCUUUACCGCUCCCUCGCCACGCGCAGUCACCAUCUGCCCUUCAAGCUCCACGGUGCCACGGCGUUGUCGGUCAGAACGUACGCUGACAAAGCAGAAAUUGAUGCAGACGUGACUGUGGUGGGUUCUGGUCCCGGCGGUUAUGUCGCAGCCAUCAAAGCAGCACAGCUUGGUUUUAAGACGGUCUGUGUUGAGAAAAACGCCACACUGGGUGGGACCUGUCUCAAUGUCGGCUGCAUCCCUUCAAAGGCUCUGCUAAACAACUCCCACUUAUACAAGAUGGCACAUGGCAAAGACUUUGAAAGCAGAGGCAUUGAAAUCUCUGGGAUCUCAUUAAACCUGGAGAAGAUGAUGGCUCAGAAGAGCGGGGCAGUGAAGGCGCUGACUGGAGGAAUUGCGCAUCUCUUCAAACAGAACAAAGUAACCCACGUUAACGGUUUUGGCAAAAUAAGCGGUAAAAACCAAGUCACCGCCACUGCAGCAGACGGCACCCAGCAGGUCAUCAACACUAAGAACAUCCUGAUCGCCACAGGGUCAGAGGUCACCCCCUUUCCUGGUAUCCAGAUUGACGAGGAGUCUAUCGUCUCGUCGACUGGAGCUCUGUCCCUAAACAAAGUGCCGGAGGAGCUGAUUGUAAUCGGAGCCGGCGUUAUUGGAGUCGAGCUGGGGUCUGUGUGGGAGCGUCUGGGUUCUAAAGUGACGGCAGUGGAGUUCCUGGGCCACGUGGGCGGCAUGGGCAUCGACAUGGAGAUCUCCAAGAACUUCCAGCGCAUCCUGCAGAAGCAGGGCGUCAAGUUCAAGCUAAGCACCAAAGUCAUGGGAGCCACCAAGAGGCCCGACGGAAAGAUCGACGUGGCAGUCGAGGCAGCAACUGGUGGGAAGAACGAGACCCUGACUUGUGACGUGCUGUUGGUCUGCAUCGGCAGGCGGCCGUUCACCGCCAACUUGGGUCUGGAGACCGUUGGUAUCGAGUUGGACAACAGAGGUCGUAUACCCGUCAACAACCGCUUCCAGACGAAAGUACAUGGCAUUUAUGCAAUCGGUGAUGUGAUCGCUGGCCCAAUGUUGGCCCACAAGGCUGAGGAUGAGGGCAUCAUCUGCGUGGAAGGCAUGGCUGGAGGUGCCGUGCACAUAGACUACAACUGCGUUCCCUCCGUCAUCUACACGCACCCUGAGGUGGCCUGGGUGGGCAAAACGGAGGAGCAGCUUAAGCAGGAGGGCAUCCCAUACAAAGUUGGCAAGUUUCCUUUUGCUGCCAACAGCCGAGCUAAGACCAACGCAGACACUGAUGGCCUAGUGAAGAUUCUCAGUCACAAGGAGACGGAUAGGAUGCUCGGAGCCCACAUCCUUGGAACGGGAGCUGGAGAGAUGAUCAACGAAGCCGCGCUGGCCAUGGAGUAUGGUGCUUCCUGUGAGGACAUCGCUCGGGUCUGCCACGCACAUCCCACCGUGUCGGAGGCGUUUAGAGAAGCCAACCUGGCAGCGUCGUUCGGCAAAGCCAUCAACUUUUGAGGUGACUGUGGCGACAGCGUUGGACGUGGCGGCGGAGAAACAAGACGCUCAGUGUCGCCAUCGUGACCUUGACUGAUGUGAACCACCAUUGAUCCUGCGUCCACCGCAACAGGAUCACUAUAAUUAGUUUCAUGUUAUUUAAGUGUCCCAAAAAGAAUAUUAAAAGGAGUUUUAAUGGUAAACGAAUGUCGACUUGAGUGAGACUUUGUUUUUUCGCACAUACUUUAAAGAUCCCACGGGAGUUUUUUUUCUCUCCCCAUUUUUGGAACCGAGAGAUGGAUGGUAUUUUGAGGUGACCAUGUUCUCUUCUAACUGAAGGCAAGGAUGUGUUUGUCUGACUUGUUCUCUUUUCGUUUUUUUCUGGGUGAAAGAGUUGUGAAAAGUCUAAUCGGGAGCUAGCUAAGAUUAGUAGCCUUUCUACCUGGAUGACAGAUAUUUGCAAAAGAAGUGUCUGCUAUGUUUGCACCCAUACCCCUCAUGUAAACAUCACAUUUAUACAAAAUGUUAUCUUCUCCACAGCUCUUGUAUUGGUUUACUCCUUUUAGAGCAUCGAGGACUCCGUUUAAACAGUAAACUAUGGGGGAGGCCUUUCCUGAAUCAGUUGGUUGACUGUGAUUGCGCUAUUCAUCCAAACCAAUAAAUAAAGUUCCAUAAAUACA